CCAACCCCCAGCUGAGUGGAGGAGUUGAUGUGUCUCAUUAUAACAGCCAAUGCAGCCGCCAUCCACGCACAAGCAAAGAAGCAUGUCCCAUUUAAAUACACCCACGCAGCCCGAGCGCCCUUAGCCGAUCAGGGCGCGCAGCCCACACGCACCGCGGCUCCCGGCUUGGAGGUCCCGGCAGGUUGGGCUCCCGGACCCAGCGGAACAAGGAGCGGAGGAUCGCGAUCCCGCGCAGUGGAGAAGGGGUGGGCCGGAGAGGCUGGGCCCGGGGGCCUCCGGCGCGACACCCGCAUGAGGACCCGAGUGAAAUAGACCAAGGUGGAAUUUCCAAGGGAAAAGGUUCGGGGUGGUUUUGGUCCAUUUCUCCUGCGAAGAGGUAGACAUGGCGAGUGAUUCCCCGGCUCGCAGCCUGGAUGAAAUCGAUCUCUCGGCACUGAGGGACCCUGCAGGGAUCUUUGAAUUGGUGGAACUGGUUGGAAAUGGAACUUAUGGACAAGUUUAUAAGGGUCGUCAUGUCAAAACAGGCCAGCUUGCUGCCAUUAAGGUUAUGGAUGUCACAGGGGAUGAAGAGGAAGAAAUAAAGCAAGAAAUUAACAUGCUGAAAAAAUAUUCUCAUCAUCGGAAUAUUGCUACAUAUUAUGGUGCUUUUAUUAAAAAGAACCCACCCGGCAUGGAUGACCAACUUUGGUUGGUGAUGGAGUUUUGUGGAGCCGGCUCUGUCACAGACCUGAUCAAGAACACAAAAGGUAACACGUUGAAGGAGGAGUGGAUCGCAUACAUCUGCAGGGAGAUCUUACGAGGGCUGAGUCACCUGCACCAGCAUAAAGUGAUUCAUCGAGAUAUUAAAGGGCAAAAUGUCUUGCUGACUGAAAAUGCAGAAGUUAAACUAGUGGACUUUGGAGUCAGUGCCCAGCUUGAUAGAACCGUGGGCAGGAGGAAUACUUUCAUCGGUACUCCCUACUGGAUGGCACCAGAAGUUAUUGCCUGUGAUGAAAACCCAGAUGCGACGUAUGACUUCAAGAGUGACCUGUGGUCUCUGGGAAUCACCGCUAUCGAGAUGGCAGAAGGUGCUCCCCCUCUCUGUGACAUGCACCCAAUGAGAGCUCUCUUCCUCAUCCCCCGGAACCCAGCGCCUCGGCUGAAGUCUAAGAAGUGGUCGAAAAAAUUUCAGUCAUUUAUUGAGAGCUGCUUGGUAAAGAAUCACAGCCAGCGACCAGCAACAGAGCAACUGAUGAAGCAUCCAUUUAUACGAGACCAGCCUAAUGAACGACAGGUCCGCAUUCAACUCAAGGACCAUAUUGAUAGAACAAAGAAGAAACGAGGAGAGAAAGAUGAAACGGAGUAUGAGUACAGUGGAAGUGAGGAAGAAGAGGAGGAGAAUGACUCAGGAGAGCCCAGCUCCAUUCUGAACCUGCCAGGGGAGUCCACACUGCGGCGAGACUUCCUGAGGCUGCAGCUGGCCAACAAGGAGCGGUCCGAGGCCCUGCGGCGGCAGCAGCUGGAGCAGCAGCAGCGGGAGAAUGAGGAGCACAAGCGACAGCUGCUGGCGGAGCGCCAAAAGCGCAUAGAAGAGCAGAAGGAGCAGCGGCGGCGGCUGGAGGAGCAACAAAGGCGAGAGAAGGAGCUGCGGAAGCAGCAGGAGCGGGAACAGCGCCGGCACUACGAGGAGCAGAUGCGCCGGGAGGAGGAGAGGAGGCGUGCGGAGCACGAGCAGGAGUACAUCAGGCGACAGUUAGAGGAGGAGCAGAGGCAGUUAGAGAUCUUGCAGCAGCAGCUACUGCAUGAACAAGCUCUACUUCUGGAGUACAAGCGCAAACAAUUGGAAGAACAGAGACAAGCAGAAAGACUGCAGAGACAGCUAAAGCAAGAGAGAGACUACUUGGUUUCCCUUCAGCAUCAACGGCAGGAGCAGAGGCCUGUGGAGAAGAAGCCACUGUACCAUUACAAAGAAGGGAUGAGUCCUAGUGAGAAACCAGCAUGGGCCAAGGAGGUAGAAGAACGGUCCAGGCUCAACCGGCAGAGUUCGCCUGCCAUGCCUCACAAGGUUGCCAACAGGAUAUCUGACCCCAACCUGCCCCCCAGGUCGGAGUCCUUCAGUAUCAGUGGGGUCCAGCCCGCUCGGACCCCGCCUAUGCUCAGACCCGUUGACCCACAGAUCCCACAUCUGGUAGCUGUAAAAUCCCAGGGACCUGCCCUGACUGCCUCCCAGUCAGUACACGAGCAGCCCACCAAGGGCCUGUCCGGGUUUCAGGAGGCUCUGAACGUGACCUCUCACCGCGUCGAGAUGCCGCGCCAGAACUCGGACCCCACCUCGGAAAACCCUCCUCUCCCCACUCGCAUUGAGAAGUUUGACAGAAGCUCUUGGUUACGACAGGAAGAAGACAUUCCACCAAAGGUGCCUCAAAGAACAACUUCUAUAUCCCCAGCAUUAGCCAGAAAGAACUCUCCUGGAAACGGCAGUGCCCUGGGCCCCAGACUAGGAUCCCAGCCCAUCAGAGCAAGCAACCCUGACCUCCGGAGAACUGAGCCCGUCUUAGAGAGCCCCUUGCAGAGGACCAGCAGUGGCAGUUCCUCCAGCUCCAGCACCCCCAGUUCCCAGCCCAGCUCCCAAGGUGGCUCUCAGCCUGGAUCUCAAGCAGGGUCCAGCGAACGGACCAGAGUGCGAGCCAACAGCAAGUCAGAAGGAUCACCUGUGCUUCCCCAUGAGCCUGCCAAGGCGAAACCAGAGGAAUCGAGGGACAUAACCCGACCUAGUCGACCAGCUAGCUAUAAGAAAGCUAUAGAUGAGGAUCUGACGGCAUUAGCCAAAGAACUCCGAGAACUCCGGAUUGAAGAGACAAACCGCCCACUGAAGAAAGUGACUGAUUACUCCUCCUCCAGUGAGGAGUCGGAAAGUAGUGAUGAAGAGGAGGAAGAUGGAGAGAGCGAGACUCAGGACGGGACCGUGGCUGUCAGUGACAUACCCAGACUGAUACCAACAGGCGCUCCCGGGGGCACGGAGCAGUACAACGUGGGAAUGGUCGGCACGCACGGGCUGGAGACCUCUCACGCAGAUGCGUUCAGUGGCAGUAUUUCAAGAGAGGGAACUUUGAUGAUAAGAGAGACCUCUGCAGAGAAGAAGCGAUCUGGCCACAGUGACAGCAAUGGCUUUGCCGGCCACAUCAAUCUCCCAGACCUGGUGCAGCAGAGUCAUUCCCCGGCUGGGACCCCGACUGAGGGCCUGGGACGCGUUUCCACGCACUCCCAGGAAAUGGACUCUGGGACUGAAUAUGGCAUGGGAAGCAGCACUAAAGCAUCCUUCACCCCCUUUGUGGACCCCAGAGUGUACCAGACGUCUCCCACUGAUGAAGAUGAAGAGGAUGAAGAAUCAUCAGCCACAGCUCUGUUUACUAGUGAACUUCUUAGGCAAGAGCAAGCCAAACUCAAUGAAGCAAGAAAGAUUUCAGUGGUAAACGUAAACCCAACCAACAUUCGGCCUCACAGUGACACACCGGAAAUCAGAAAAUACAAGAAACGAUUCAAUUCAGAAAUACUUUGUGCAGCUCUGUGGGGUGUAAACCUCCUGGUGGGAACUGAAAAUGGCCUGAUGCUUUUGGACCGAAGUGGGCAAGGCAAAGUCUAUAAUCUGAUCAAUCGGAGGCGAUUUCAGCAGAUGGAUGUGCUUGAGGGACUGAAUGUCCUCGUGACAAUAUCAGGAAAGAAGAAUAAGCUACGAGUUUACUAUCUUUCAUGGUUAAGAAAUAGAAUACUACACAAUGACCCAGAAGUGGAAAAGAAACAAGGCUGGAUCACCGUUGGGGACUUGGAAGGCUGUAUACAUUACAAAGUUGUUAAAUAUGAGAGGAUCAAAUUCUUGGUGAUUGCCUUAAAGAAUGCCGUGGAGAUAUAUGCUUGGGCUCCGAAACCAUAUCAUAAGUUCAUGGCAUUUAAGUCUUUUGCAGAUCUUCAGCACAAGCCUCUGCUUGUUGAUCUCACGGUAGAAGAAGGACAAAGAUUAAAGGUUAUUUUUGGUUCACACACUGGUUUCCAUGUAAUUGAUGUUGAUUCAGGAAACUCUUAUGAUAUCUACAUACCAUCUCACAUUCAGGGCAAUAUCACUCCUCAUGCCAUUGUCAUCUUGCCUAAAACAGAUGGGAUGGAGAUGCUCGUUUGCUAUGAGGAUGAGGGGGUGUACGUGAACACCUACGGCCGGAUAACUAAAGAUGUGGUGCUCCAAUGGGGAGAAAUGCCCACGUCUGUGGCCUACAUUCAUUCCAAUCAGAUAAUGGGCUGGGGCGAGAAAGCUAUUGAGAUCCGGUCAGUGGAAACAGGACAUUUGGAUGGAGUAUUUAUGCAUAAGCGAGCUCAAAGGUUAAAGUUUCUAUGUGAAAGAAAUGAUAAGGUAUUUUUUGCAUCCGUGCGAUCUGGAGGAAGUAGCCAAGUGUUUUUCAUGACCCUCAACAGAAAUUCCAUGAUGAACUGGUAACAGAAGAGCACUUGGCACUUAUCUUCAUGGCGUUAUUUCUAAUUUAAAAGAACAUAACUCAUGUGGACUUAUGCCAGUCUAGAGGCAGAAUCAGAAGGCUUGGUUGAACAUACCACUUUCCCCUUUUCCUCUCCCUCCACCUGUCCCCAAACAGUCCAUCUUUCAAUGUUGCAGCCUGGUUGAGAAGGAGAGAAAAAGGUGGCAGGAAUUUCCAGGAGAUCCCCAAGAAUGCUGCAUUGCCUGUGGACAGAGAUGGACCAUGUGCCCUUCGGAGUUAGGGAUAGAAACAAAUAUUGUGUGCUCUUAUGAUUAAGCUGUGUUAUGGUGGAUUCUGUGUUUUGUUUUGUUUUUUACCUUUUUUCUUUACUCCCUUACUUUGUAAGAAUGGGGAGAGAAUGCACACUGAGAAAAUUAGUCCAUUUUUAAUUGUCUGCCUGCUUUAAGUAUACAAUAUGUUGUAAAAUUUCCAAUUUCAAGUGGCGAGAGACAGCACAAUAAAUGUACCUUAUCUCCUUACACUGAAGGCCAUAACUGCACAGUGGGGUGAUUUGAGAACUCUUUUGCCUUCACCAACCCAAAAGGUUGCUUUGGUAGCAACUAGCUAAUGAGUUUUUAAGAGAAGAAAAAUACUGUACUGUUUUCCCCUCUUUUGGGAAAUAGAUUUUAAAUGGCUAAACUACUAGCCUUAGACUAAUAAAAUCAACUGCCAUUUUUGA